AUGUCUGAGAGUCGUCAGACGAGCGCGUCAAAGUGGUUUGAUACUGUCAAUCAAAAUGUCAAGCCCAGUAUCCAAAGCAACUCUGACGUUGAACGUGAACCACCUUUCUACCUGAAUCGGCAUGACAGCGGUCAUACGUCUGCUCAGAUGAAUACCGCGCCACUGUUCGGAAACGUCCAAACCCAGCUCGCAAAAGAGGACAGCGAGAACGAGGAUCUACGCAGUGUGAUCGAUGACCUAACUAUCGAAAACAAAAGAUUGAGACAGAUGUUGAGAGAGCGUCGUCAGCAGUACGAUCCACAACUCGAUCACGACAAGCUUUUUGAGGUUCGGACGUGCGGCCUUGCGCUGGAGAAAAAGCGCGAACUUCAGGCCAUCUUGCAGAGGUUCGCAGCUACCAUCACCGAUGUAUCCUUUGCAUCUUCUAAAAUGCCUCGGGACGAAUCCGCGUAUGAAAAGGCCUCUUCCGAUGUUCCAGGGUGCUCAGCUAAGAAAGCUGCGUCCUACCCGCACACUGACUCAGCUUACGCUUCCAUGUCAAAUUCUGGUCUCACUUCAGUGGGACAGGCAGACAAAACGCAAGCAGAGAUGCAACAGAUUCGUGGAAGCAAGGACAAAACUGUCAAAUCAUAUCUACAAGAUAUUCCUGAUAGUUUGUUACCAAAACAUCCACCAAUAAUGAGUGAGAAGUCGAAGAUGCGGCUGGUCGUGAAGAUGCUCGAGCAGCUGUUCACUGGCAAGCAUGCAACCCCUGGCGAGCAUAGUCAGCCAUUGCAACAGCAAAUGAUUUCGGAGUCUGCAGCCAACGCAGAUAGACAUUGCUCUGAACUGCUCAAAAGGUACGUCCGGCCGGAGGGAGCCAGGGAAGCUCAUAUCCUCCCAAUCGGGGCGAAGAUGCUUCCCAAACAACCAAAGUCGAGCAGCUCGUGUCCGCCACCUCUUGGUUCGAGAUCCGAGUCGGAGAAAUCCUCUGAUGAAAGAUCAGCUUCAGAUAACCGCUCGCCCGACCAACGCCCUACGAGGCCCCUCGAUCUUGACAUUCAACGCGCUCAGGUUGCCAAGGAGAACAUAGACUAUAUCCGUCACCUAGGGCUGCCAACUCCAACACGUCAGCAUGAUUCGGACCAUGAUUAUGAUGGUUGGGUAUAUCUGAACCUUCUCAUCAAUAUGGCUCAACUUCAUACGGUAAACGUGACUCCGGCAUUUGUCCGAAAGUCGAUUGCUCUGUUGAGUACAAAAUUCGAAUUAAGUAAAGACGGCCGGAAGGUGAGGUGGAGAGGAGCUUGUUCGGGUAUAGAGUCAUUCGAAGACAGCGACAGUAGCGCAGAGGUGACCACCGGAAGCUCACCUCGGCUUGUCAAGUGCUCAAUUACUGAUAUGGCGGCAAGCGAGAACUCUAAUAACCUCCCGUCCACGGGCUCUUCGGGUGACCAGGCCAAUGGGGCAAAGAGUAGCUUACCACGUGGGAAGCAUCACUUUCCAAAUUUUACUGCUCGUGGUACACAGCUACCUGAUUUGACAGACGAGUCAAGACAGGAAGCCUCUUUUGACUACAAGCCAGUCUAUCUCAAGGAUCGUUGUAUGACUCAAGAGGACAAUAGGCUUUCUGAUGAUUCAAACGUUACUCCGUCGGCAAAGGGCCUUGAUGAGUCAACAGGACGAUAUUUGAGCGCUGGGAGACAUAGAGUCAGCCAAAAGUACUCGGGAAGAACCGAUGAAGGUGGCCCUAUCAUCUAUUAUAGAAAUCCCUCAUUCUAUUGCGACCUGAGCGGAGACAGGGAAGCGUAUCAGAGGAAGGCGACAUCAAAUUUCCCGGCGUCAGGGCAGAUUCUGGGAGUAUCCGGAACGAACAGUCAUUUGGAGAAAGACUAUCAGAGGCGCAGUAUGGCCCAUGCCGAGGACGCUUUUGAGGGCCGACUAGAUGACGACAGUCUGCCUUCACUUGACCUAGCACCAUUGUCUGAAGUUGUUCACAUGCAAAGCGACUUGUUAGAGUUAUCGGCCUGUGGUAUAGGUGGCGUCGUUCCGGACGAUCAUUUUGUUUUUCAAGUUCAACGCAGACGUCAAUCAAAACCAUCCCACACAACUGCACAUUUGCCAGCGAACCUUUGCAGGGGUGGGUUAGAGCCAACUAUUGAAGAAGAACUCCUGCCCGCUACACGUAUCGACCUACCGGCGUCCAAACUUCCUCCACCAUCGUACGUCAUCAUUUCAUUAUCAUCCGGAAGCUCUGGUGGUAUUGAGAGUGACGAAUUACUUUCAAGCGAGCAGGAUGCUAGCGAGAUUGAGGUGUUUGAAGAAGCUCCUUCUGCUCGACCUUCCUUCCUAAAGCGACUUUCUACAGAUACUUCAGGUCAACAAUGCUUCUCAGACGAGUACGAUGGUGAACUAGAGUCCUGUAACUCAUCAAGAGUACACGACUCACCUGAGGACAAAGAUUCUUACAUGCACGUAGACGGGGGAAGUGAAGCCGAGCGUGGCGCCACACUUUGCAGACCACCUAGCGUUCUCAGCAGGAGUCUCAUGGCGACAGUUGGUGCUGGUAGUGGCGCCAGCCUUGCGAGCAAUCUUAGUACAGUGUCUAGCAUGGGUUCAAGCUUAGGGGCCGGGCGAAGACAAGAAUAG